CAUUGAACUCCCAUCUACUAAACUAAGUGCAAAAAAAACGAAAAAAAAAAUUCACUGUGAUUUUGAAUUUCUCGCACCUGAUUUAUAAAAAAAAUAUUUUAAUUUUGACUACAACAUAUAUAUAUUACAUAGAAUAGCAAUACAAAAGAAAUUACUUAGAAUUUAAAAUAUCUAUAUUUUCAAUAGAUUAACAUUAGAAAAUUAUUCUAAUAAUUAAUUUUAAAAAAAUUUCUUUUCGUAAAUAUUUUAAUUUGAUUAAGGUUUUGCAGAAUUUUGAUGAAAUUAUUUUGAAAGAAAUAAAAAUAAAUAUUUUACUUUUAUUAAGAUUAAGGAAAUAAAUUUUUCAUAAAACUGCAAUUAAAAUUAUUGCGAGAAAAAACAUUGAAAGAAUUGAUUAAACUUGAGCACUAUAUCCAUAUUUAACGUAAUGAGCUUUAAUUUAAAAAAAAGUGAGAUUAAAAUUUUAAGAAAUUAUAUAGAAAAUAAUCUUUGAAUUAAACUACCUGAAAAAUAUGUCAAUAAAAAUUAUGACUCGAUAUGAUAUUAUAGUCAUGGUCCUUUUUUGAUAAAAUAUAUAGAGUACAAGUGGCCAUGACCGCGAUUAAAAAGUUGCUUUUAAAAAAUCGUAUAUAUUCAAGCGCUCGUAUGCCUAUAUGUAUAUAUAAUGGAUGUCUCAUAAUAAAUGGUUCACUUUUGUAUCUCAUUUAUUAUAGUGUACUCGUUAUAUAUGGGCACGGCCAAGCGUGACGGAAUUUCAUUUUUUCAACUUGUGAGACAUGUAUCUCCUCAAUAACAAGAGAAAUGUUUCUGAAAUUUUCACCAUAUAUGAAGAUUAACUAGCUCUACUAGCAGUAAAAAUUUCACUGACUUAUGACGAACCAUAACGGAGUUAUAUGAAAAACAUCGUUCGUUAUGGAAUUUCAAAAAUGGACAAAAUUUUGAAGGAGGAUUCAUAUUUCAACAUUUUUCUCCGAAACUAAGUGACACAUAAAUGAACAUUUUAUACAUAGAUUGUUCAGCUUUUCACGAGCUCUUAGAAUAUCGUGUCGUUUUCUCUGUAAAACAUUUCCGUUAAAUAAGAUGACUUAAAAGAUUGAGCGUUACGGAAUUUCGCCGUUUUUCUUUUUUUCUGUGAGGGACAAUUUAGUGACAUUUUUAUAAUAAUUUUAACUAUGAAAUCUAACUUUUUUCAUUCUGUAACGAUUAAGAGUAUUGUUUUCUAUUAAUCGAUUAGUUCAUUUUCAUGUUUGUCUCCAAAUUUCAUAGAAAAUUUCAUUCAUUAUUUUGACAAAAAUGAAAAUUUUCAAAAUAAAAAAAGCGAAAUUUCGUGAUUAUUCGUGUUUUUAAACUCGUAGGAACGGAAAAUGAUAUUUGUUUUAUAUGUCAUCUGAGUAAUUCAGAAUGCCCAACAAACUUAAUAAUAUUUCAAGAUCAUAAUUUUUGUUAAAAAAUUUUUUUCUAUAUAUUACUGGUUUUUAACCUUCACCAGCGAAGGGGACCGUUAGCUGGCCGUGCCCAUAUAUAAACUUCUUCAUAGAAUAGAAGACCAUCUUAUUCAAAAUUAAGACAAAAUAGAUAAUUUCAACAGCUAGCUAAAUACAUAAGUUAAUUCCUUAGUUCUUAUUAUCUAAUUAAAGCUUAGUUUAAGUAUCCACUUUACUUUAUGUUGCAUAUAUAUUUGCUAUUAAUAGGCAUUGUUAAUAUAAAAUAAUUUUUGAGAGUAGAAAUUAUAAAUAUGUGAUAACUCAGUUCUAUUACGUUUGUUAUACUUCUAACAAAUCAUAUAUAGUUUACAAAAAAAAUCAUAGAAAUUUUUAUUAAACUUAACAACAUUAUAAUCAUCUAAAAACUUACAACCAAUUUCAUAUUCUAGAUUACUCUCAUAGAUACUUCUAUAGCUAGCUAUCCGACAAUUUCACAAAUCUACGAAACUUAUAAAUUUUUAAAGACUUUUUGUGCUUGUACACUACUAAUCAAACACUAUCUAUAGCAUGAAAAAUAUUAAUCACAUUAGAAAUUCAUCUAUAGAUUUUUCUAAUUUACAAAACACAAUAGAAGUCCAAUGUGAAGAGAUUUAUAAAUUAUAUUUGAUUUAUCAAAUAACAAAAAUAAUUCUAAUAUUUUCUAAUAAAAAACAAAACAAAACUCAUAAUAUCAUUAAAUUAUAAUCAUAUUUGUACAGAUCAAAUAUAUAUUUUCAAUUAAAAAUUAAAUUAAUCUUAGAUUUUAUUUUAUAUAAUAAUAUUUAUUUUAGAUAUAAAAAUCUAUUAUGUUAAUUCGGAAAAUGAAUAUUUAAACAAGAAUAAUAAUGAACAACUUCAUCAAAAACUCCUUCGUGCUGGUUAUUUUAUGUCAAAUCAACUAUGGAAUAUGUUUGAAUCAUGUUUUUUUGAUUUAUCAGAUGCUGCAGCAGCCAGCAUUGAUCCAUGUUAUCGAUUAUUUACGUUAAAAUUUGUUGACUUACUUGAUGAUGCUGGAUAG